AUGGCAGAUUACGAACGACAGCUCAUCGAAAAGCUCGAGUCUCAGCAAGCUUCAAUCGAUAAAAUCUGCCGUAUCGCAGGAGUUGCGGGAGCUUCAAUUGGAGUUAUUCAUGGAGGCGAGAUCGUGUACACAAAUCAUCACGGCUUCGCAGAUCCUGAACAAAAACAGAAAGCCGACUCGAGCACACUGUACGGAAUCGGAUCAUGUUCAAAGUCUUUCUUUGCGGUCGCUGUCGCUAACGCGAUCGUGGACAAGAAGACCGUGGAAUGGGAUGAACCAGUCAGACGUCAUCUACCAGAAUUCAUCACAUCUUCGACAAUGGUGACCGAUAAUGCAAAUCUUGUAGAUAUUGCGGCACACCGGAUGGGUCUAUCCGGUGCUUUUCAUCUUACUUUCCAGGGCGAUGGCGAGCAUUUGAUAAAAAAAGAUGACUUCUGGAAAUAUCUCCCGAAAUUGAGACCUGUCGUACCAUUUCGUGCUUCUUGGCUUUACAACAGUCAUGGGUAUUCCGUUCUUGGCCAGUUACUGGAGAAAGUGACCGGUAAAAGCCUCCAAGAAUGUCUCGACGAAUAUGUUUCAAAACCACUCGGACUUAAACGCACAAUCUCAAAGCUAGAGUUUGACACAACGCCAAAUUUCGCCAAACCUCAUGCUGCUUUGGCUGACGGAAGUCUCCACCCCCUUAAAUACCGUCAUGACUUUCGAAAUCACUUCUUUGAGGCCGCGGCUGGCAUCUACACAUCGCUUGAAGACAUGCUUACAUACUCGAAACAUGUACUUCGGGCUGCUAGUGAGCUACCCCCCAAAGAGCAUGGUCCCAUACGUGAGGCCGGAGAGCACUAUUCGGCACACAUACCCAUCAUGACUCCAUCUAUUCGAGAGCGCUCUUAUGGCUUAGGAUGGAUUCGGACGCAGCUUCCAGGGGCAGUUGGCUUGAUUGGUGACAACAGUCGAAUUGCCGCAGUGCAAGAUCUUCCAAUCUUGGGAGAGGGGGCUUCGUCAAAGCUAGCACUAUAUCAUCAAGGGGCUACCGUCGGGUACUUUACUUCGUUCUAUCUUUUCCCAGAGACACAGUCAGGUGUCAUCGUUCUUACGAACUCGAUCGCAAAUUGCGAUGCUGCCGACUUCAUCGCGCAGAGCCUGAUACAAUCACUGUUCUCGGACGAGCAAAAGCUUGACUUUGUACAGCUGACUGAGCGAUUUUGUUCUCGUUGCCUUGGCUUUUACGACCAAAUGCAACAGACUGUAGAGACAAAGCGUCAGAAGAGCCCACCCCCAAGACAUCUCGCGGAGUACACUGGUGAAUACUAUGACGAUACAGGGCUUUUCUUUAUUGGGAUAACAUGCGACCCAGAAAGCAAGGAACAACUGAAAUUGGCGUUCCAAGGUCUCGAUCGACACACCUAUUCCUUGCGCUACUUCUACGAUGAGACUUUUGAAUGGACCCUGACUAGAGAUGAGACCGCGAAAAGGGGAAGGUAUCAUCAAUUUGAUCAAAGGUAUUUCAAUUUUUGCUUCAAUGAAUUGAAUGGGCAAGUGGUGUCUCUGAGCUGGCAUCAUGACAGAAACGUACAGCAGCCCGAAGUGUUCAAAAAAAGUGAGAUGUAA